CACGGCACACAGUAUUCAACACAAUAAAAUGCAAAAUACACAAGUAUAAACAUAUAAACACAACUGUAUACUUUUUGGAUACAUUACGCGACGCCGUCGCGACGCGUAGGUACGGACUAUCACCACCAACGACGUGUACAUACAAGCCGCCCUCAACAGAAUGUAUACAAGAUUUGGUAACGCCCUGCUCCAAGACGGAUUCGGUUUAUCCAGGUACAUCAGACGCAUGUCUACCAUGGGCGUCAACCCCUUCGAAGCACUCAGGAAGACUCUGGGAAACACCAGGAAGCAGUAUUUCGCACUCCGGGAACUCAAUGACCCGAGGUUUUUAGAACUGCCCUACUCCAUACGUAUUCUUCUGGAAUGCGCAGUUCGUAACUGCGAUGACUACUCCACUACUCGAGGCCAUGUCGAAAGCAUUCUAGGAUGGAGCGAAACUUCCUCCAAACAGACUGAGAUCCCAUUUAUGCCAGCUAGGGUGCUGCUGCAGGACUUCACUGGCGUGCCAACCAUCGUUGACCUAGCUGCAAUGCGUGAGUACGUGGCACAUUCCGGAAAGGACCCCAAGUCAAUCAAUCCACUAGUGCCAGUGGAUCUAGUCAUAGACCACUCAGUACAGGUAGACUUCAGCCGCAACCCCGAGGCGCUGAAACUCAAUCAGGACACUGAAAUGGGACGCAAUGCUGAACGUUUCAGGUUCCUUAAAUGGGGAGCACAAACGCUUAGCAAUACCCUUAUAAUACCGCCGGGAUCCGGUAUUGUGCACCAAGUUAACCUGGAGUUCUUGGCGCGCUCGAUAUUCGACCAGGAUGGGCUCCUCUACCCAGAUUCAGUAGUGGGUACAGACUCGCAUACCACUAUGAUCAACGGUUUGGGAGUACUGGGUUGGGGAGUUGGCGGCAUUGAGGCGGAAGCUACUAUGCUGGGACAACCGAUAUCCAUGGUACUGCCACAAGUUGUAGGAUUUGAGCUGGUUGGUAAGCCACCAGCAGAUGUAUUCUCCACUGAUAUCGUCUUGGCAGUGACGUCAUUGCUGAGGUCAGGAGCUGGUGUCGUAGGAAAGUUUGUAGAAUUCGUAGGAGAGGGUGUAAAGUAUUUAUCACUAGCUGAUAGAGCUACUAUAGCCAACAUGGCACCUGAAUACGGAGCUACUAUGGGAUUCUUCCCAAUUGAUGGGCUAACGCUAGAGUACUUGGUGCAAACCGGUAGGCCAAUGGAGAAGGUCGAACUUCUGGAUAUGUACGCCCGUGAAAACCACAUGCACGCCGGAGUGGGAGAUGCCUCAAAGAUCAAGUAUUCUUCCACCGUCAAGUUGGACCUGAGCACAUUGAGACCAUCAAUUGCCGGGCCCAAACGACCACAAGAUAACAUUAUUCUCUCGGACGUCAAGACCAAGUUUGACGAAUUGUUGAUGGACAAGUCAAAGGGGUACUCACUGGAAACCACUAAGGCCCCCUCUAAAUUUGAAUACAAGGGCAAGCAGUACACACUUGACCACGGGUCAGUAGUCAUUGCAAGUAUAACUUCGUGUACCAACACCAGCAACCCAAGCGUUAUGCUGGCUGCAGGCAUGCUGGCCAAGGCAGCAGUGGAGCAUGGGUUGGAGGUAGCACCUUAUAUCAAGACGUCGCUGUCACCAGGAUCUAAAACCGUUACCAGGUACCUAGAACUUAGUGGAUUAAUUGACCCACUCGAGAAGCUAGGUUUCUAUAUAGCGGGUUACGGAUGCAUGACGUGCAUUGGUAACAGUGGUGACCUCGAUGUCGAGGUGGCAGAUUGCAUCAACGAUAACGCACUGGUGGCAUGUUCCGUUCUUUCCGGUAACAGGAACUUCGAAGGGCGCGUUCACCCAUUCACAAGGGCUAACUUCCUGGCCUCACCACCCCUGGUGAUUGCAUACGCACUGGCUGGGAAGAUCAAUAUCGACCUUUCGAAGGAACCCUUGGGAAUAAGCAACAAGACGGGAAAACCAGUGUUUUUACAUGACCUCUUACCAACUAAACAGGAAGUGGCCGCUUUCGAACAGCAGUUCAUCAAGCCCGAGCUGUACAAGGAGGUGUAUGCCAACAUUACCCAGGGUAGUGAAGCGUGGAGAGCACUAGAGGCACCCAAGGCAGAAUUGUACCCAUGGGACCCGAAAUCCACUUAUAUACACCACCCACCAUACUUCCAGAAAAUGGGACAGCCUGUGCAAGCUAAGAUAGAAGGAGCCCAGGUACUGCUGCUCCUAGGGGACUCCAUUACCACGGACCACAUAUCGCCAGCAGGCAAUAUUGCCAAGACGUCGCCAGCUGCCAAAUUCCUAAUGGAUGCCGGUGUUGAGCCCAAAGACUUUAACUCAUACGGCUCCAGGCGUGGUAAUGACGAGAUUAUGGUCAGAGGCACUUUUGCGAACAUCAGGCUGUCUAACUUGCUGUGCCCUAACCAGGGACCCAAGACGGUAUUCCACCCAACGGGUGAAGUGCUCAGUAUAUUCGAUGCCUCGGAAAAAUACAAGCAGCAAGGAACACCACUAGUGGUUGUUGCAGGUAAGGAAUACGGCUCAGGGAGCUCACGUGACUGGGCUGCCAAGGGGCCGGCGUUGCUAGGUAUCCGCGCCAUAUUCGCCGAGUCGUUCGAGCGCAUCCACAGGACCAACCUGGUGGGUUUCGGAAUUCUGCCACUGCAGUUCAUGCCCGGGGAGAAUGCCGCGUCAGUGGGUAUCACGGGACGCGAAAAGUUUACCAUCGAUGGACUUGAUAAGCUGUCACCAGGGUGCCAGGUAGAGGUGGUGGCCGACACCGGUAUCAAAUUCAACAUGAGGUGUAGGAUAGACACCGCAUUGGAAUUGCAGUACUACCAGCAUGGAGGUAUCCUGCAGUACGUAUUGGCACGUAUUUGCGCAUAGGAUAUUACAGAGUUCAAGCGUUGAUGCACUCAGCAAUGCGGUUGAUC